AUGAAUCGAAUAGUCAGCUUAACUGAUCGAAAUUCUGAAUAUAAUAAUCAUGAUUGUUCGACAAAUAGAGUUAUUUACACAGAACAAAAGACUGCAGUGCUUACUUCUGAUACAACAAUUACGUCAUCUGAAAAUCCUUAUAGUACACAAAACAUUGUACAAGUAAAACCACAUACAGGAAAAACUAAUAUUGGCGAAUUCGAUCACCAUGGUCACGAUAUUCAUUUCAAUCGAUGUGAAAAUGACUAUCCACUAGCUCAUUCCUCACCAAAUUCAUUUACAAAUGCGCCUCAAUGUGCUGGAUGUAAACAGUUGGUUAUGGAUCGAACUAUUCUUCGAGUUCUAAAUCAAAGUUGGCAUGCAAAUUGUUUAAAGUGUAUGGACUGUGGUACAUCACUGUCAGAAAAGUGUUUUGUUCGAACUGAUGAACUCUAUUGUAAGAAAGAUUUUUUCAAACGGUUUGGAACAAAAUGUGCUGGUUGUGAUAAAGGGAUCCCGCCUAUGGAAGUUGUUCGUACAGCACAAGAGAAUGUCUACCACUUAGAUUGUUUCUCAUGUGUCAGUUGUACGCGUAUGUUAAAUACGGGUGAUGAAUUCUAUCUUCUUCAUGAUCGAAAAUUAAUGUGCAAAUCUGAUUUUGAAGCUGCAAAAGCCCGAGAAGCUGAAUUAGAUAAUGCAAAUAAACGUCCAAGAACAACUAUUUCAGCCAAACAACUUGAAGCUCUUAAACGAGUUUACAGUGAAAGUCCUAAACCUGUCCGACAUGUUAGAGAACAGUUAAGCGAAGAAACUGGCUUAGAUAUGCGUGUAGUACAAGUAUGGUUUCAAAAUCGUAGAGCAAAAGAAAAACGAUUGAAAAAAGAUGCUGGAAGAAAUUUAUGGUCAAUCUCUGAUUCACUGUUAGUCAACAGUACAUCAACAAGUAUAAGCAAUACUAAUACACCUGUCUGCAUGAAUGGAUCUCAUUUAUUUUCAACAGGUUCAAAUGAUUUAGACAAGCAUUCCACACAGUAUUGUGGAGAUACAUCUGUAACAUUAGAUGAUUCGACUAGUGGUGAUGAAUACCUAUCUAAAGAUGAAUUCCAACGUUCUGGUUUAAGUGAUACGGAUAGUGACUGUUCAAAUGAUCCCGAAGAUACUAAUGAAUCAUUAGAUCUUUCCAUUAUGGAAGAUUUUUCACAUCAUAAACAACUGACCGAUACAAUAUCCGAUGAAAAAUUACAAAUCAAUCGAAAUGAAUAUUCAUAUGAAAAUGAUCCCCUAUCGAAAUCGCUCAUUGAUCAAAUAAUUUCAAGCAAAACUGAACAAAAGAAUGAAACAAAAGUCUUAGUAUCAAAUGAAAAAUGGUUAUCUCCUCCAGAGUAUUUUCACCACCACCACCCACAACAACAACAACAGACAUUUCCAAGUAAUAAUCAAUCAUUUAAAUCUGAUAGUCUGAAUAAUAACAUGAAUAAUUUAAUCCCAUUCGAUAUCAACAGGCAAGAUAAUUCACCGCUUACAUCAAAUCCAAUUAUUUCAAGCUACUUCAAUUUAAAUAAACAGCUUAUGUUCAGCGAUGAACUGUUUAUGAAAGAAACCUACUUACAUCCUGUUGAUUAUUUUCCUUAUAGUUUGAAUACGAACAAUUUAUCACAGCAUAGUAUUCCUCAGUCAACUUCGUCGUAA